AUGACGCAGACUAACGGUAGCACCCAGAAGCAAUUGACGUGCCAGGAUGGCGAGUCCACAGAGGUAUGGAGGGCGCUAUCGCAGUACCUGCCCAGCCGCGACCCAGAUAGCGACUACUGGUGGCGGCUCACAGGGCGUCAGCUGGCUGCCGUCGUCGAAGCAGCCGGCUACCCCAUCAUGAAGCAAUAUGAGGCGCUCUUGUUCCAUUACCACUGGACGCUUCCGAGCUUGGGCGCGGCUCCUCGGGCGGACGGCGUGCCUAUCAAAUGGAAAUCGUUAAUGUCGCUCGAUGGCUCGCCGAUCGAGUAUUCGUGGAAAUGGAACACGGCCACCAGCGGGCCUGCAGCCGUUGCGCGAGUUACUUGGGGCAACCACUUUCUGGCCACGCUAUAUGAGCACGACAAUUCCAAGCACAUGCGGGACGCGGCGGCUGGGGCGCAGAUGGGCAGCAGCAUACACCUCGCUACCGAGCUCACGCCCAAGGGCCCGUCACUGAAGACAUACUUCUUGCAGGGCAAGAUUGGGCAGGAAGAUUCGCGUGGAAUAGGGCUGCGCCAUAUCCCUCUCGUGGUAAGUAUCGACAACAAGGCGCCAGCAAAGUCGCGCCUCAAGUGGUACUUCAACACCCCGCACACCAGCUUCGCGUCGGUGCGCGAGAUCAUGACGCUAGGCGGGCGCAUCAACACACCGCACCUGGCUGCGGGGCUCGCUGAUCUCCAAGACCUCAUCAAGACUUGUAUGGGAUUGCCUGACGACUUUCCCGAGGACGCCGAGCUUUCGGCCGCGGCGCACUGGGACUCUUCGCGCGCGGACAAAUUCCCCGACCAGGGUAAGAAGCUGUCUGGCUUCCUGUACUAUUUUGACAUCGCGCCCGGUUACACGCUCCCAGACAUCAAGGUCUAUCUACCCGUGCGGUACUACGCACACGACGACCUCAGCCUGGCGCACGAUCUCAUGCGGUGGAUGGAGGCGCGCGGCCGCGGUGAAUACUGUCAACGCUACCUGCAUUUGCUGGAGACGCUGGCCGAGCACAGGCGUCUGGACGAUGGCAACGGCCUGCAGACAUUCGUCAGCUGUCUGUUCAAGAAGAACGGCGAGCUCGACAUCACGACCUAUCUGGCGUCGGAGUCGUUUCACCCGGCCCGGCUGGCGAAUCGGCGCGCAACACGACGGCGCGAGACAUAG